AUACAAGUGCCCACAUUGCUAUAGGCAAGAUCGUCGCGCGUAAAAUCGUGCGAGGCUAACUGUGGCAGAGCCUGGAUCCACCAGGCCGUAGAAACACAUACACGAGUGUCAGUGCCGGGUGACUACGGUAGCCGAUGCUAGCACGUCUCUGCAAUUGCCGCCGUAGAAUAGUGUUUGAAACAAUUCUUUUUAUAACAUUCAUUACCACUUCUUCCUCAAAAAUCGUAUAAGAAAACAUAAAGCCGACUUUGGUCUCCUAAGUCGUGCGUUGCUAAACGCUUACCACUGUUCAACCCUUUUGUGAAGUGCGGUUACGAAAUGUGUAUGCUUUCGGGUUCGAAAAUGUUUUUAAUUGUGAUGGGGAACUAAGAAAACGUAUUAAGUGUUGCUUGGUACUUAGAAAUCAAUUAGUCAAUUUAGACUGUCGGGAAACCGUUCCCCGACGGAAGAUUAACCGGCCGCUGGAGGAGGCGUAUCGUUCUCCAGCCGUGGGGAACAAUACUUGUCAACACCGGAGCGACUCGAUGAUCACGCGUCAGCGUUUCCGCGAUCCGUCCAGUUCGCCAGGCGCAUCCUCCCGCGGUUACCGGCACGCGAUUCCCUGAUCGGCCAAGCCGUUUGUCGCGGCAAAUUCCUGCGGCAGAACUCACGCGGCGCUAAUUAUGUGAUUUAGCCGUUACGUUUCCGUCGAGACACCUGCCCCGCGCGAGUGGUGUACGCGGUGCGAUCGAAAGACGAUAAGGCAAAGACGUGUACCGACGAGACAGUCCGGUCUUGCUGGAGAUCAUUCUCAGUGUCCACGACAGGGGACAUUCUCAGCCGAAAAUGAGACGCUUGUUGAGCCUGUUGGCAGUUAUAUCCUUGGGGAACACGCAUAGUCAGCCUUGCAUCGAGUACGGGUGUCCAGGACGACCGCAAUUCGAGACCUUUGUUCCUGCGCCGCCGGGACACACUCCUAAUUGCGCGAAGCCGGGGCAAACGUUCUGCGAGAAUGUCGACCACUACCCCCGGCAGCUGAUCAAGUUUCUCGUUGACAAAUGCAGCUUCGAUUUCAUCUCCGCGUUGAGGGACGAGUCCAAAGACGAAUUCAACGUUCACUGGUCAAGGAAACUCUGUUCAAGGCCAAUUCCGGAUUAUACCGAGGGCUACAAUUACGCCCAACGGGGGCAGCCGCAAUUGCACUCGCACCCGUUACCAUUCUUGCCGUCUCAGUAUCCGCUACGGGGGCAGCCGAGUUUAAUUUAUGGAGCGCCAUCGAACGACACUCAACAAAAUGGUUACAGGUAUAAUACACCCAAUCGGGCACAUGGAAAUCCAUUUCUAAACGAUGGGACGAAUAUUAAGUAUCAUCCAGAUAACAGCCAUACCACCGAUCGACCCUUCUAUCCACAGACACACUCCUUAAAUUCAUUCGGACAGGGUCGGCCAUGGUGGACGGCUAGAUACACACGGGAUAGCAAAACUGCACCCCGAACUGCAUACGAGAAUCCAUUGCUCAGGUACAGCAAAUUGUCUAAAGAACGCCAGAAAAGGCAGUCUAAUAAUCCCGAAACUAUUCAUCUUUGUCCAACCGUGGCAAAAUACAUUUCGCCAAGGGCAGCAUUGAAUAAUCAAGGAAACUGGAUGUACGUAGUUAAUCUUCCAGAUGACAAAUAUUCGCAAGUAGUAAGAAGCGAGACAUGCAUGGAAACCGUAUGCAACGGUAUUUGUUCAUUACCAACGGGUUAUACAAGCAAAUGUGAGCAACUGUACGUGCAGAAGAGGCUAGUAGCGUUAAAAGGAAACGGAAAUGAACUGUACAACGACUUAUUCUGGUUUCCUCACGGUUGCUCCUGUCAGAUCAUGCUUAAUUACUGAAAAGUGAUUUUGUCAUCGAAGAUUACUUUAAGCCGAAACUGAAAGUCGAUUUGUGACACAGUAUUAUGGACUUCCUGUAAUCUAUCGUGAGGAAUGAAUUAUAGAGAAACGAUUAAGAAUGUAAAUCUUGAAAUCGUUUGAAAAAAUCAACAUACAUGACUUAAGAACAAUAACAGAAAAUCUCUUCUCAGUUCCUGCACUAAAAAUGCUUGAACUUGGGGAACACACAUUUGGAGAAUUUAGAAAUCGUAUAAUUAAAGUCAUUUGCUACUUAUUUAUUGGUACUUCAAUCAUCAUAUGUCCAUUUAGUUACCUUUUCUAUUUUAGAAUAGUUGACCUAUCAUCUAGAAAUACUUGGCAUAAUGUAAUUAUUACAAUUUGUAUUGAGAAACAAGUUAAUAGGAGACUUUUAAUUACACUAUACUAAUAGUACGUAAAGUUAAUGGUUCAAAAGCAGUUUGAAUAUUCAACCAUCGAUAUUUUCAAACAAGUCUUUCAUAGAUACCAUUGUAACUAGAACUUAAUACCUUUACAAUUCAUUAACAUAGCUUAUAAAUUAUGUAUUCUCAGUGAACCCAUCAACAGAAUAAACAGAGACUGUUAGACCCUAGAAGAACUCCUUAUCAUUUUAACGCCAUGCCCAGUGCUAAAAUCAUUACGAAGAAGCAAUACGCGAUCAUGUAUACAUUUUUCUCACUACUAUUGAAACCAGCCGUUCUUUUACAAUUUCCGACGCGUCGAAUUAAAGCUGAAAGUAUCUACUUUAAGCCGGUAUCGGUUUCGAUUAUAUGGAAUAACGAGAAUAUAUUGAAAAAUGCGAUGGAGCAUCAAAGGUGACCAAGGCUAAAAUUAAACCCCUGGAUAUGGGCAAAUUUUUUAAUUGACAAACUGAAGUUC